AUGUCCUGGGUCAUGGAAUUGGGGACGUUUAAAGGACAAAUUUAAGUUCUCACAUAGCCUACAUAGGCUAUUUAUUACCAAAAUAACUGUCGGAUUUAUAUUUUCUUUUUUUCCGCUGGAAAAGGAUAUUCUAUCAUUUAUAAUAUAUUAUUGAGAAACCAUAUUACAUGAACUUUGUCUACCUUGCAUUGUUUUACAGGAAUAUUACUGCAUAUGAAAUAAAUUAAAGUAAAUAGUAAAAGCUGUUUUGUUUACUAAAUUAUGUCGGCCUAUUCUAAAUUCAAUUUAUACUUCCAGGAUAAAGUUGAUCGAUAUUUGUAAAUGUCACAGGUCAAUGUAAAUCCAGUCAACAUCUGCAAUAUUUUAAUGUAUUUUUGUUCCAUGUAUUCAGUUAAUGUUUGCUAAUGUUUACUUUAAGUCUGGUGUUAAAGGUAUCAUUUGAAUUUUCAUUGUGAUAUUUCAAAUUCUCUUGAUUGUUUCUACAUAAAGUAAGUUAUUUUUUAUAGAAUCAGGGUCCUAAAGGUCAGUAUCCCUAAAAUGCAAGAUACACUGUAACAUUAAGGUGAAUACAAAAUUACAGUUGGUAGAUUCGCGAUGGAACACAAAUAAAACCUUAAACUCUCCCCAAAGAGUUUGUGAUGCCACAACCGUUGUAAAUACUAAUUCAUUUCAAUGUGAUAAUCUUAAGCUUCUGAACAAUGUUAGGCAUUGCGUUUCACGCAAACUUAUUGGCAACAAUUAGGGAGUGUUGCAUUUGUUUGCUUCCUGAAAAUUGAUCAACAAACUAAGCUACUUGAAGAAUUAGCUAUAUCUUAUUUUGCUGAUCUCACCCUAUACAUAUUCUACGAUAAGUUACACUUUGAAGCUCCCAGUGACCUGCACUCGCAACUGUGUCACGUGACAGACUGUCCCAAAAAUGCGCAGGACGUUUUCUGCAGCUGUUUAAUGUUAAACUGAUUUAUUGCAUAGUGAAAAUAAGCUUAGUUUUUUUAAUUUAUUGUUGUCAUUUAGGCACAAUGCUGAAAAUACUAAUUAACGUGUUAAAAUUGCUGCCUAUACCCAACAAAUAUGGGCUACAACUUCAAAGUUUGGAUGGCAGGCUAUAACUGUACCUAUGUGUGGUCACACUUACAGCUUUUACAAAAGUAGUUACAUAAGUUCGUUCUGAGUAAUAUGUAUUGAUUUUUUAAUUACUGAAUAUUUAUAACAUUUUGAAAAAGCGCUAUACAAAUAUGCCUAAAUGUGAAUUGAAAAAUAAUAAUAAUAAUAAUGUUGUAGUGUGUUACGAUGUGCGUUCAGAGCACAUGCGCAUUCUGAUUUUAGAUAUUUGAAACCACUACCCCAUUUUUUCUCCCCUCAGUCUGUUAGUUAGGUCUGUUGCCUGGCUACAGUACAGCCGUAUUCUUCUUGAGUGGUUUUGAAUGUUACUAAAACAAUGUGGGAGACUCUUCUUUACAACACAAUGAGAAUUUGAUUUGGGUGCCAGGACUGUAAUGACACAUCAGCUCAAAUGUCCUCAGUCACAGGAACAAAAUUAUUUUAUUCACUUUCUUUUAUUUUUAUUCACUCUCUCUCCUUUGAAACUGGAAUAUUAAGCCCAGAAUUAAUAAACAUGCCAGCUAGAGAUCGCCAAGUGUUUGUUUCUGUUAUGUUUGCAUUUUAUUUUGUUAAAUCACUACUAAGUAUGUGGUGGGUUUACUUGAAAAGCGCAAAAAAUGUAACGAAUUAUUAUUAUUAGCCUAUUAUUACUUUAGGUUGGAGUCAAAACGGACCCCAAAAGGGAGUUAAAUCUGUCAAAACCUUUCUUUGGAAAUGAUUAGGCCUAAUGUAGGAACAUAAAUCCAUUCUUUAAUUAAAAAUGCUAAACGUUUUCUUUUAAGGAUUGGGUUGGGAUUCGAUACAUUUACAUAAAAAAAAAAAAAAUCAUAGUAUGUCUUUAUUUAAAUAACAUCACGCGCCUUUAGGAUUUGCAACCCUAGGCGCGAGCGCUUGCUGUUGCUAAGAGCAACUCGGCUUCUCUUCUGUAAUAAAACAGUACGCAGACAGUAUCUCCUCUCAUAAAAGUUCUUCAACAUUGUACUACACGGAACUUUUGACAUUCAAGCCAUUUUAAAGCGACUGAGUUCGAUGCGUAAUUUAUCAAAUUUAAUCUCUUUUCUUUGUGUUUAACGCAUAUUGGAAACGGGCUUCCCAGGAUAGUUGACUUAAAAAGUCAGGAUGUCCACGGUGGCUUCUGUGCGGCUCCCGGCCAUUCAACACCCUUUAUCAAGACUUGGAGAUCCAGAUCUCAUCUCUCUCCGGGGUUUUUCCACAGACUGCGGCAGAGAACAGAGAGGCUGGAUGCCUCAAAGAGGAACCAGACCUCAGUCUCCAGGGACGGAGAGCCUGGAUUCUGCUUUUCGCAGUGAGAGCAGCAGAAGUGAUAGAAGUUCUCUGAUGGAGAAAGGGAAAAGAGGAGGAUUAGAUAUUCCAGAACAAAUCCCCGAGGGAGACGAGGUCAUCCACGACCAGGAUAAAGCCAAACUACCUGCCUUCCGUCACAGGGCAGCAUCAGAGAAUCGAUCCAUUAGUAGGGUUUCUCAUUUGACAUCCAGCACUGGUCCAUGGAUGACAGAUCAAACUGAUCAGCUGGAGGAUGAGCUAAAAGAGCGCAUUCAAACUACUGGAGCUCUGACACUCAAAAUCCUGUUCAAGAACAACCACCCUGAUGGCAAACCUCUGGUCAACAGAUCUGUUUUACUUGAAAUCCUCACAAAGUUCCUGAGGCGGCCUGUCACAGCUAAACAGCUGAAAGACCUUCUAUUCCAUCUGCACCUCUCUGACAGAGUGCUUAUCAGUUUUGAGGAGUUUUAUGGUGCCCUGAAAGACCCAAGCUCCAAUAAAAGUAACCCUGCAGGUCCUCUUACAAUUCCUCAGACACUGGCCCUGCUGAGAGGACCUGCACGCAACAGGUUUCUGGAGUAUGUAGAGGUUUUGUGCAAGUCAGACAAUUUUACUGAAAGCUGGAUUUCUGCCCCAGAGUUCAGAAAUAUUCUCAACAAGCUCAAACUUCACUUGAAAGAUCCUGAUUUUGAAAAAUUAUGGAAAAGGUUAGAUGUGGAUGGACUUGGAGCAGUUAAACAGACUAUUUUUCUGAAGAUAUUGGGAUUGAGCAGAAGAAUUGAACCAAACAAUGAAAAAAACUACCAGACUUCCAUUAACGCUAAAGCUGAGGAGACAAAAGCUAGGACACUCCCUAAGGCAGAAGAGGAGCGUCACACAUCUAUCGCCAUAGAGACUUGGCUGAAGGACAGAUUCAGGGAAGGAGUUCAGAAGAUGAAAACAGAGUUUGAUCAACUGGAUCCUGAGAGCAUCGGGAAGGUGAGGGGUGCGGACUUUCUGCAGGUGUUAGGGAAGUUUGGCCUGCAUCUGAAGAGAGAGCACCUGGGUCUGUUUCUGUCUCGGUGUGGUCUGAAGCUUAAAAAGGGUUGCGUGCAGUACUUGAACUUCCUGCGCACCUUCCAGGACAGAAGUUCAGAUGGCAUCACUCACAAGAUCAUCUCCAACCCAAAACACCGGUUUCAUUCUGAUGAGAACCUCAGUUGUGCUUCCUCUUUAAGUGCCAUAGAGGUCAAAUUAACUCGCCUGUUUCAGUCAGAAUACCUCUCCCUCCUCCAGACCUUUCAGAACAUCGACAAGCUUAAUAAAGGGGCCAUUAGUAAAGAAGAAUUUAGAGCUGCUAUGGAGAGCAGGUUUGGCCUGGAGAUUUCCGACCCUCAGUUUGAGCAGCUGUUGGACAGGCUCCCUCUUGACCGCCACGGAAAUGUGCAGUACCCGAUCUUCAUGGCAGCCUUUGACACCAGGAAAGGAGUUCCCAGCCUCUUCCAGGCGGCCGCCCAGCCUGCCUUAAACCAUGAUUCAGGCGAGGAGAAGAGUUCAGAAGAGGAUCGGAGUGACCUUGAGCUGUUUAGUCUGGUGAAGAGUGUGGUGGCAAAUCGUUACAGGGAUGUACUGCGAGAGUUUGAAGAGCUGGAUGAGAAAAACACUAGACGUCUCACUCAGGAGGACAUGUACCAGUUACUUAAAAGGUUAGCGUUCCAUCCUGAGGUAACUCGUGGAGAAGUUCGGAGGUUGUGGUCCUCUUUGUUCACCCAGCAGGAUGGAACUGUGGACUUUCAACAGUUUAUACGGCAUUUUGGCCCAUCGCCCAAAUCCUGCUGUUACCCCAAUGCCAAGCACAAUCCCCCCAAACGUGGAGACAAUGACUUCAUGCGCCUCUCUAACAGACUCAACUGCGUCUCAGAUAUACUAGUGGAUGCUUUACGGGCCAAGGUGGAGUUGUCUGUUUCUGAGCUCUGGACUGAGUUCUCCGAAAUGGAUUUUUCUGGAACAGGUUUUGUUAGCAGUGAUGAAUUUAAAGAGAUUCUUAUGAGUCUCUGUGUUCAUCUCAGCCAGUAUGAGUGUGAUUUACUAGCCAGGAAGUUUGACAUCAACAAUGAUGGCAGUGUAUCCUACACAGAAUUCCUUAGGCCUUUUCUAUCCCAGGUUCAAAUAAGGAAGCAUGGGUCCCAUAUGGCAGCUGCUCUGCAGACUCCCAGAGAAACUAAAGAAACUGCUACUCCGGAAACAUUAAGUCGCAGGAUCAGGAAAAAGCUCCAACGUAAGGCCAGGGCUCUUAGAAAGGCCUGUGCCCGGCUGGAUGGCUCCAGCACUGGGCUUCUGUCUGCGGCUGAGCUGGGUGCAGUGUUACAGCUGUGUGGAGUGUGUCAGAGUCAGGAAGAGCUGAAAAGUGUGUUCUCUACUCUUCACACCCACUCCUCUGGACGCCUGGAUUACCGCCCACUCCUAAUGGACAAACACAGGACAUCCAGUCACAACCAGCAAAUCAAACACCAGCUCAGCCAAAGGAGUCAAUAGGUCAUGGGUUUAAAACAAAUGAUGGCUACAUUGGCUUAGUAAAUUUAUAAGUUGGAGCUUUCAGCACUUCUUCAAAUAGAGAGAUGCAAGUUAAAGUUUCAACUAAUCAUAUUUAACCCUAUUGGCUUCAUGCAGGUGGGCACAAUCGAAGAUACAAUCAUGAUGCAAAUAUUAUUGUUAUCCUUUAUAUUAGAUUUAGUUACAUUGCAUGAAUUGUAUUUCAAAGCUUUAUAAAGUACAGUCAUCUGAUUUUAAUGUAAAUUGAUUAACUCAAAUUGAAUUGAGUUAUUACAUUAUAAUAACUCUAAACUGAAUUUGCAUUCAUUCUUAUAUUUUAAAUACUUUUAGGAAGUUGACAUACUAUUGCAUUUCUCCAUUGUGACAUGCUAUACGCCAUCCAAAACUUAUUUUAAACAUCAUUUAGAAUUGUUUUUUCAUAUUAUUUGUACCAUACAAAUUAAUUUGUCACAGUUUACACGACUGUUCAAAAGGUUUUUUUUUUUUAAGAAAUACUUAUAUUCAGCAAGGAAGAAUUAAAUUAGCAUUACAAGCGACUGUAAAGACAUUUAUAAUGUUAUAAAAGAAUUGUAUUUCAAAUAAAGAAUCUUGAAAAAAAACAGCACAACUGUUUUCAACACUGUAAUAAAAAAUGUUUCUUGAGCAGCAAAUAAGCAUAUUAUAAUGAUUUCUGAAGGAUCAUGUGACAUUGAAAACUGGAGUAAUAAUGCUGAAAAUUCAGCUUUGUCAUCUCAUGAAUAAAUUACAUUUUAAAAUAUAUUAAAAUAGAAAACGGUUAUUUUAAAUUGUAAUAAUAUUUCACAAUAUUUAUGUUUUUACUGUAUUUUUGAUUAAAUAAUUGCAGCCUUGGUGAGCAUAAGAGACUUGUUUCAAGAAAAAAAAAAAAAAAAAAACGUCCCCAAACUUUCGAACAGUAAUGUAAGGCUGUUUAAAAUGAACUACCAAAUCUAAAAAGGUGAUUUAAAAAUAAGGAAAAACUAAAAGGAAAAUGACACUGUCACAGUCAUGACUCAUGUUCUGUUUAGUUUCAUUUUCCUUGUUUCUGUUUGCCUGAGUUCUCGUUCCUUGUUUGUUACCAUAUAGUUUGUGAUUGAGUUUUGCACCUGCACCUUGUUCUGUGUAUAUUUAAGCCCUUAGUUCUCAGUUCAUGGUUCGGUGUCAUUAACAUGAUUGUUUCAUGUGUAUUGUGAAUAUUCUCCAUGUUUAUUAAAGUCUCUUUGUAUCA